AUGUCUUUCCGUGGUCGUGGUAACGCUUCUGGUGCCAACCGGGGAGGUUUCGGCGGUGGCCGUGGUGGUCGCGGAGGCUUCCAGCAGUCAUUCGGCCCCCCAGCCCAGGUUCUGGAGCUGGGCUCCGUGAUGCACUCUUGCGAGGGUGAGAUGGUCUGCGAAUCGGUCAACCCCAAGAUUCCUUACUUCAACGCUCCUAUCUACCUGGAGAACAAGACUCAAAUCGGCAAGGUCGACGAAAUUCUCGGUCCUAUUAACCAGGUCUACUUCACCGUCAAGCCCCAAGACGGUAUCGUCGCCACUUCAUUCAAGGCUGGUGACAAGGUCUACAUUGGUGGAGAUAAGCUGCUUCCUCUCGAGAAGUACGAUUCGCUGUCCUACUCAUUCUUCUACACUUUCACUAACUCACCUCCUAGGUUCCUCCCCAAGCCCAAGCCUCCCCCAGGAGCUGCUAAGCCCAAGCGCGCCGGUGGUGGUGCUCCCCGUGGCCGUGGUGGAUUCGGUGCUCCCCGUGGCCGCGGUGGAUUCGGUGCCCGCGGCGGUGCUCCCCGUGGCCGUGGUGGCUUCGGUGGUGGCCGUGGUGGUGGUUUCGGUGGUAGCGGUGGUUUCUCCCGCGGCGGCGGCGGCGGUGGCUUCUCUCGUGGAGGUGGUCGCGGCGCCCCCCGUGGUGGUGGUGGCUUCCGUGGUCGCGGCUAUUGA